AUGCCUUUUUGGGCGAUCAUUGUUCUUGUUGUCGUUGCUGCGACUGGGUCGGGCGCGACCAAGCCGAAGCCGAUCAGCAUUUCGCUGCGCGCCAAGUGGGAGGGAACACCACUCCUUCUAGAGGCAGGCGAGUUCUUAGCGCGCGAGGACGCGGCUCUCUAUUGGAAGUUCCUCGCCGCGUGGCCGCGCGCGUCCCCCGAUGCCAACUCCUCCGCACGCCCCGCUUCCGCCCCGCCGCGCCCGUCCGACGGCGACUGCCUGGACGCGCUGCUGCGCGUCGCCUCGUCGUUCCUCGCGGCCCCCCUGGCGCCGCUUCUGCGCCUGGCGCUCGCCAUGCGCUCGCUCUCGCCCGCGCUGCUCCUGCACCGCCAGCUCGCGCGCCUCUCGCUCGCGCAGGCGGGGCUGCUGGCCCCCCACGGCGCGCAGGGAGGGACUGCGGAAGGGGAGCAGGCGGGGUGGGGCGCAGGGGGGGGCGAUGGGGGCGAGCGGUGGCGGGUGAGUGAGAACCCAGCGGCGCCCAAGGGACACUGCUGCUGGGUGGAGCUGCAGGGGAAGGUUCUGCUGGGGGAGGCGGAAGUGGCGGCGGCAGUGGCAUCAGUGCAGGCGGAGGGAAGCACUCACUCCGUAUCUCAUCAGCACCCUCAUCAGUCUGACCCCGCCUCGCAUCAUCUCCCUCAACUGCGCCCUCCCCUCCAUCUCUUGCUGCAUCGCACUGCCCUCCCCUGUAGUGCCAGCGCCCCAUCGGCCGCGUCAGCAGCAGAGCACGGGGCGGCGGUGCAUGCCUUCGACCACGUGUACCCCUCCGCCUUUGCCUCCGCCGCCGCUGCCUCGCACCACGCGCCCCCGCCCGCCUUCCUCUAUGCCAGCCCCGGCUCUGCCUGCUUCGCCGCCCUGCUGCCCCUCCUCUCCGCUGCUGCAGACCAGGGCGCCAUCCGCCUGGUGCUGCGGCCGGUGCUGCCAGGGGGCUGUGAGCAGCACGUGGGGCGCUGUGCGGCGGUGGGGGCGGGCGGGCGGGUGAGUCUGGGCGGCUACGGCGUGGAGCUGGCGCUGAAGAACAUGGAGUACAAGGCACUCGAUGACUCCAAGCUCCACAAAGACAGUGCAGGGCAUGCGGCAGCAGAGGGGUCAGCAGAUGAUUUGGCACAGCCAGUGAAGGGCUUUCUCUUUGACACCCUUGUGAAACGGUACCCCGAGCAGACGGGCGAGCUGCUGACGUUUCGCGACCAGCUGCUGGCAGCAGAGGAGAUCCGAGACGAGUACAACGUGUGGGAGCUCAAAGACCUGGGCAUUCAGGCGACUCAGCGCAUUGUGGGGGGAGCAGAGCCGCUGCGGCUGAUGCAGGACAUCAACCAGAACUUCCCCAAAAUCAUGGCCUCCCUCGCCAAGACCAAGGUGGACAGCACGGUGGAGGAGGCGGUGCAGGAGAUGCAUGGCAUGGUGCAGGCGGGGCGCACCAUCGUGGCGCUCAACAGCAUCGCAUUCAACCUCGCCACCCUCGACAUCUUCACUCUGCUGGAAGCGGUGCAAGCCGAGCUGUCGCUUGGAGCACAGCUGCUCUCUCUCAAGUUGCCAGCGCCAGUGGUGCGGCAGCUGCUGCAUCUGCCACCAGCAUCAGCGGCGAGGGAGGAGGCGGGGGCGCUGCGGCUGGACUUCCGGUCGCCGUGGCACGUGCACUUCUUCAACGACCUUGAGAGAGACCGCGAGUACAGGGGCUGGUCACCCAACAUGCAUGAGCUGCUGAUGCCCAUGUAUCCGGGCCAGUUCCGUCCCAUCCGCAAGAACAUCUUCCAUGCUGUCUUCGUGCUCGACCCCAUGCACCCCGCCACGCCCAAGGCAGUGGCGCACAUACACAAGCUGCAUCGGGGCAGCAUGCCGCUGCGCAUGGGGGUCAUCCUCGCCUCCUCCGCGCGUCUCCUCUCCCUCAACGACCCCUCCGCCCCUGCGCCCCACCAUGACCUCUCCGAACUGGCCAUGGCGCUCUUCCUGUACAUCAAGGACUCUGUCGGCGUCCGCCCCGCCUUCGACUUCCUCCUCGAGAUGUGGGGCGGCAGUGCGUUGGACGAAUCUAUGGACGACUACGAGGACGCCAUGGUCACACUGCCGCCCCCGCAGUACACAGCGCCCGACCAGCCCACCUUGGAGGCCGCCUUCCUCCACACGCUCAUGUGGGCUCGCGCUGGGGGCUUGGGAGGGAGCAGUGUGCUCUGGUGCGGUGUUUGCGUGGGGCAUGUGUGCCCCCUCAUCUGCGCAUCACUCCAUCUUUUUCCUCCAGCCAGACUCUUCAGCGCAUGGCUGUCCACUCGUCCACUGCUCGUCUCUCCGUUUCUCUCCCUCUCUGCGCCCACCAGUGCGGCAGCAGCAGCGUCGCAGGGGGGAUCGCUGGGCAGCGACGACGCCAGGAGGGCUGCGCUGGCGUCAGUGCUGGCAGCAAGGCAGCGGGUGGAGGGGGGACAGGCGGACAGUGAGGAGGGCGGAGGAGAGCAGGGGGGAGCAGGAGGGGGAGGGGCGGCGGCAGCGGUGUGGGCGCAGGUGGUGGGCAGCUCUCGCUUUGUGUCGGGGCUGGGCCUUGCGGAUGCCAUGCCAUGCCUGCUCUUCAACGGCAUCUUCUACCCCUCGCCCAAGGUGCCAGGGGGAGCACUGGAGGCGAUGCAGGAGGAGAUGGAGGCGGUGCAGAGGGCGGUGUACUACCAGCAGAUCAGAGGCUCCUCUGACGUCCUCGCCUUCUUCCUCUCCUCCGCUGCCAAGCGCUUCAACCCCGAGGUGGCACUGCCAGCAGGCAAGACAGCGCCCUACGUGUCCCUGGCGCCACCCAUGGCAGCUGACAACCCUGCCCUCGCGCGCCUCUCCUUCCUGCACUCGCCUGGCACGGAGGACGAGGUGAAGCCGUUUACUCACCUGCUCGCGCUGGACCUCUCAUCGCACCAAGGGGUGGACCUUCUGCUGCAAGCCGUGCUGCACCUGGAGAGUGAGGAGGGCACGCAUGCCCAAGUGGCCAUUCUGCACAACCCCUUACACGCUCCCGCCACCGCUUCGCCCACCGAUGCCCGCCUGCCACCUCUCGCAUGGCGCCACCUCGUGCCACGCCUUGUCAUGGCCGCCAUGCAGAUGCCCAGUCGCCGCAGUAAGCUCCCAUCCUUCCUGCGCCGCCUGCUGCAGCUGCCGCUGCUCAGAGCUGUGGUCUCGCGGACGCACACAGGUGGCGAGGGUGACGGGUGGGCGGGCAGGGGGGAGGUGAGCGGCGAGCAGGAGGGUCAGGAGCUGCUGGCGUCAGCAUGGAGCGUUGCUGACGAGGCAGGGCUGAACAGGGCGGAGUUGGAGCGCGCUGUGACAGGCGCUGGCACUGCAGAGGCUGCUGCUGCGCACAUGGCCCAGGAUCGAUUGUUUGUGAAGCAGCAUUGUGGCGCCAGCCCAGGCAGCAGCGUCAUCAUCACCAAUGGCAGGCUGUUGGCACCGCAGCACCGCUUUGUGGCUGCGGAUUUCGCCCUGCUGGAGGAGGUGGAGUCAAAGCGCGUCAAGCCGGCGCUCGCCGUGCUGCACGACCUGCCCUCCUGCCCGCACCUCCCUCCCGACCUCCCUCUCAGUGACCACGUGUCGUCUAUGGCGAUGGCAGUGGCAUCAGCGCUGUCAUCAGCGGAGAGGGCCAGCGGUGACUACGUGCAGUUCGCCCGCCUCACUGCCAGCCCCAGCAUCGGCAUCAUCCACAGCAACGACUCGGCACUGUUGCACAUUGAUGGGGUGAUUGACCCGCUGAGUGCGGAGGCACAGCAGGUCACGCCGCUGCUGCUGCUGCUGCACGAGUGGUUCAACCCCUCCCUGCGCAUCUUCAUGAACCCCCUCACAUCCAUCUCCGAGUUUCCUCUCAAGAACUUCUACCGAUACGCCGCUCCCCACAAGGAGCUGGCAGACGGAUCAGGGGCGUUGGCAGCGGGGGCGGAGGUGGAGUUUCUGAACAUGCCUCUCACGCGCACGCUCACUCUCAACCUCAAAGUUCCAGAGCCCUGGCUCGUUGAGCCGGCUGUUGCAGACCACGAUUUGGACAAUCUGGUGUUGGAGAAGGUGGCGGACCCCAGUGUGGCUGCUGUCUUUGAGCUCGAGGCGCUCAUGAUCACCGGCCACUGCUACGAGGAGUCGGACAUGCAAGAGCCGCCGCGGGGCAUGCAGCUCGUGCUCGGCACACCCCCGCCCGUCCCCUCCGCGCUCCUCAACCACUCCUCCGCCCCCGCCACCACCACCACCGCCCGCACCAGCGAGACAGCAGGCCGGCCGCAGGGACUAGUGGUAUCAUCAGCCCUGGAGGACACGAUAGUGAUGGCGAACCUGGGCUACUUCCAGCUCAAGGCCGCGCCCGGCCUCUGGCUGCUGCAGCUCGCCCCCGGCCGCUCCCAGACCCUCUACCAGCUGGCGGGGGAGGGCGGGGAACUGGGGGGCGCUGGUGCCGCUGCAGAGGCAGGGGCAGGCGGAGAGAAUGAGGGGGAUGCGGGGAUGGGGGCGGUGGGGCGGGUGGCGAUGGAGGUUGCAGUGAUGGACCUGCGGGGGAAGGUGGUGCAGCUGAGGGUGGUGAAGCGGGCGGGCAUGGAGGGCGAGAAGAUGCUGGAUGGCGCUGGGGGAGAGGAUGGGGACGACGAGCAGCAGGAGGAGCCAGCAGCGGCGGCGUCUCUCUUUGAGUCCUUCUUCCAGAAGCUCACCGGCAAGAAGCCAGCAGUGGCCAGCAAGGGCGAGGGGGCAGCAGGCGCCAACAGCACAAUCAACAUCUUCUCCAUCGCCAGCGGCCACCUGUACGAGCGAUUCACGCGCAUCAUGAUUCUGUCUGUGCUCAAGAACACACGCCGCCCUGUCAAGUUCUGGUUCAUCAAGAACUACCUCUCGCCCUCCUUCAAGGAGGUGAUACCGCACAUGGCGCGGGAGUACGGGUUUGAGUACGCGCUGAUCACGUACAAGUGGCCCUCAUGGCUGCACAAGCAGACGGAGAAGCAGCGCCUCAUCUGGGCCUACAAGAUCCUCUUCCUCGACGUCAUCUUCCCCCUCUCCCUGCAAAAGGUGAUAUUCGUGGACGCGGAUCAGGUGGUGAGGGAGGACAUGGGGCGGCUGUAUGACAUGCCACUGCACGGCCACCCGCUCGCCUACACGCCCAUGUGCGACAACAACCGUGACAUGGAGGGCUACAGGUUCUGGAAGCAGGGCUUCUGGAAAGACCAUCUGAGAGGAAAGCCAUACCAUAUCAGCGCCCUGUACGUGGUGGAUCUGGUGCGCUUCAGGCGCAUGGCAGCGGGCGACACGCUGAGAGUGAUCUACGAGAGCCUCAGCAAGGACCCCAACUCCCUCGCCAACCUCGACCAGGACCUGCCCAACUACGCGCAGCACACGGUGCCCAUCUUCUCGCUGCCGCAGGAGUGGCUGUGGUGUGAGUCGUGGUGUGGCAACGCCACCAAGGCCCGCGCCAAGACCAUCGACCUCUGCAACAACCCCAUGACCAAGGAACCCAAGCUGCAGGGGGCACGGCGCAUAGUGGCGGAGUGGGGGGCGCUGGACGAGGAGCAGCGGCGCUUCACAGAGAGAGUCACCCGGGGGGAGUUUGACGACCUCCCACCCUCCGCGCCACGUGGCACGCUGCGAUUCGCCGGCUUCCACUCAGCCCCUCGACCAGAGGAGGGGCCUGUGAGGGAGGCAACGGUCGAGGAGGAGGAGGGGGAGGAGGGGGGAGUGGAGUAUAUGGAUGGAGUGAUUGAGGGAGAACAGGAGAGAGAGGAGGGAGGGGAGAGUGGAGAGGGAGGGGAGGGAGGGGAGGAGGAGGUGGGGGAGUGGGUGGGGUAUGAGGUUGACCCAGCGUACGAGGACUUGGAGGGGCUGGAGGAGAUUGCCGUGGAGGCUGUUGAUGGGGUGGAGGGAGAGGAGGGUGGGGAGGGGGAGGAUGAGGAGGAGCUUGGGCAUGAGGAGUUGUGA